AUGAAUGAACAAAAAUUCCUAAGAAACGUACUUCAGAAGUGUUUAAUGAAAGCCCAUCAGUCAGGAAUGACGUCUAUAGCAUUUCCUGCUAUCGGCACGGGAGGGCGCAAAUUCCCACGUGAUGUCACUGCGAAAAUCAUGUAUGAAGAAGUCAAAACGUUUAGUACAAAAUAUUCAACAAGUUCGCUAAACACUAUAAGCUUUGUCGUAUAUGACAAAGAUCAGCCCACCAUAAAAGCAUUCGAGCAAGAGUGCAACAACAUCACCACUACGAAGGAAGAAGAACCGUCAAAGACACGACAUAGGCGAAAAAUUGUAGAGUCACCGUUAGCUACUGAAACAACAUCUACUAAUAUGGGAAAUGAGUUUACUGAUCUGAAGAAAGGCACUUCUGAGUGGCACAUGAAAGUUGGACCUAUAUUCAUAGAUGUAUUACAGGGAGAUAUUAUAACUGAGGCAACUGAAGCUAUUGUUAACAGUACGACAGUUGACCUUGACCUUUCCUGGGGUGUAAUAUCUAAGGCGGUUCUUGCAGCAGCUGGAACGACAAUCCAAGAUGAGUGUAAACAACUUGGCAAACAAAGUGAGGAUACAGUAGUAAUCACGAAUGCCGGCAAACUGAAAUGUAAGAAGAUUGUUCACAUGGUCACACCAUAUCCAAGUUUACAACACAGCAUUAAGAAGAUGUUAGUAUUCGCCGACCAAAAGGGACUGACAUCAAUCUCAAUACCCGCCAUAGGAACAGGUGGAUUAGGACUUUCUCCAAAAGAUGGAGCAACUAAAACGUUUUCAGCCAUAAAAGAUUUCAAACAAACGAACCCAAAAAAUAUGAAACGCAUAAGACUAGUAAUCUUCCAAGCUCAAAUGCUGUCUGUGUAUCAUGAUGUUAUGGCUGAAAUGGCAGUGACGUCACCAGAACUAGCAAAAGAAACGGUGGAAGCUACAUCCGAUAUUAAAGGCACGCCAUCUAAAGACAAUAUGUUUGGUUCUAUUCGCGUUGAUGUGGUACAAGGAGAUAUUACUUCAGAAUCUACAGAUGCCAUUGUGAAUAACACAAAUAGCGAGAUGAACAUGACAUGGGGUGUUGUAUCCAAAGCUAUUCUAGCUGCAGGCGGAAAAUCAAUACAAGACGAAUGUCAGACGUUAGGUGAACAGCAAGAUGACACUGUUGUAAUCACUAAUGCAGGAAAGCUACAAUGCCGAAAGAUUAUUCACAUGGUUGUACCAUAUAAAGAUUUAAAAACCAGUAUCAUUAAUAUGUUGCAGUAUGCUGAGCAGAAUGGUCUGAAAUCGAUUGCAAUGCCUGCAAUAGGAACAGGUGGCCUUGGUAUAAGUGCCAAACAAGCAGCUAAAACAACUUUUGAGGCAGUACAAGAUUUCCAAUUGCAGUAUAAUCCCCAGUCAUUGAACUAUAUUCGUCUCGCAAUAUUUCAACAAGCAAUGGUGGCUGAAUAUCAGCAGGUGAUGAAUUCAAUUGUACAAUCGUACAAGGGGCCAACGAGUACAAGGGGCGCAUUGAGAAGAAUGAUUAGCGGAUUCGGUUAUAUGUUUGGUUCUGGUAAGACGCACGUCAGGAAAAAGACAUACUUGCCCACGAAGACGGAACGUGCUGGGGACAGUGGCAAGGACACCAAGUGGGAUAACAUUACACUGGAUAUCUAUGCUGAGUCUGGGGAUGUUAUUGAUCAUGCAAUUAAAAAGAUUGAAGAACAACUCCAAGGCGAAUACAGAGAAAAGUCAAUUCGAGAUGCAAACGUUAAAGACCUCACAUCAGAAGAUAUGUUACAUUUACAAACCUAUGCAGAAGGUCUACAAGUUAAGAUAGAAAGAGUCAUUGAUGAUGCUCUUACUGAAUUGCGAAUAUAUGGUUCUCUACAAGAUGUAGUAGCUGUCCAAGAAGAGACAACAGCAAUUCUAGAUAAGAUUAAAGAGAGAAAACUACGCGAAGAACGUGAUGAACGUUACGAACACAAUUUAAAACAUCUGGCCAAAACAGUGAAGUGGCUAUAUGAAGAUAAUAACAGUGAUUUUGUUGAAUACGAUGAGAUAAUUACAGGCAUUAUUGAGAGUGCAUAUUUAGACACGAAAGAUGUUGUCGAAUUUCAAGAUGGUAGUAGAACAUACAGAUUGGAUUUCAAGACCAUGAGUGAGGUGGAUAUCAGUGAUAAUUCUUCAGUCAGUGUAAGAAGACAACUGAAAGCAGCCGGGGUCUCACUACCUCACAAUUGGGCUGGGAUGAACGAUAAAGACAUCUUCAUAGCCGUGGACGUGGACAGAACAUCAACAGAAUUUAAAACUGUGGAGUCGUACUUCAAAAAAUCACUUCAAAAUUACAAACUAAAACAAACUGUUAAAAUCGAACGUAUUCAAAACCCAAGACUGUAUCGAUCAUAUGCUGUUCUGAAACAAUCUGUUGAACUGAAGAACCCCAAAGGAUCACAAAUUGAACGAAAGUUGUUUCAUGGCACAAGCGCAGACACUAUUCUGGAAAUUAACACUGCGGGCUUCAAUAGAAGCUUCGCCGGCAAAAAUGCUACGGCGUAUGGAAAGGGAACUUACUUUGCUGUAAAUUCUGGUUAUUCAACGAGUUACGCCGCUGCCGAGGCUGGUGGAAAUAAAUAUAUGUAUCAGGCUGCUGUCAUCACUGGAGAGUAUACACAAGGAAAUGGAAAAAUGAUAGUUCCACCAGCAAGAACAAAAAAUGACAAGUACGAUAGCGUAGUGGAUAAUAUGCAAAAUCCUGACAUGUUUGUUGUGUUCAAUGAUGCAAUGGCUUAUCCAGAAUAUUUAAUCACAUUUCAGUAA